UACUGUGCUAAUUAUAUAAUUAAAAUAAAUAUAAAUAAACAUUAAAACCUAAAGAAUUUAUGAAAAUUUGGAAGCUAUAAUAAUUAAGUACCUGCUGGCAUAAUAAUAUCCUCUCCUGGACAACUAUUUCAUUGACACAAUUUUUUUUUGACAAUAUGGAUUCAAUCAAGAAGUCUAUGGAAGAGUUGAAGGACCUUUUCAAUGUCCAGAUGUCGGUCUUUCAUGACGAGGUUCUACAGAAGAGUCCACAAACUCCCACAAUAACUGGACUGGCUGCACAAUUCACAUCGUUCCGGACAUUCAUGAUGUCAGCACUGGGCAGCCUGCAGCAACAAGUUGACAUGUUGGCACGAGCUGCAGAUGAGCAGGAGACCCGGACUCGACGCAAGAUGCUCCUCAUCCAUGGCAUCAAGGAAGCAGCCAAGGAGAACACCACAGCUGUGGUUCUUAAAGUUGUCGCAGAGCGUCUUGGGGAUCCAGAGUUGCUGUGCAAAGAGGAUGUCCGGCAAUGUCACAGGAUGGGGCGUUCAAUGGGUGACAAGCCGAGGCCGAUACUCCUGAAGCUGAAGGAUGUGCCUCUGAGGAACAGCCUCUGGUAUUCUAAGACCAAGCUGAAAGGCACAGGGGUGACGAUGUCGGAGUUUCUGACGAAGCCCCGGCACGACGCUUUCCUGGCGGCGCGGGAGCGGGUCGGCGUGUCGCGGUGCUGGACCAGGGACGGGAGCAUCUUUGUUCUCGACCCGGAGGGCAAGCGGCAUCGGGUGGUCACCACUUCGGAGUUGAACGCCGUGUGCCCACCGACGAGCAAGGCAUAUGACAACUCCAAACAGUCGACGUCUUCAAAACAGGCCACCGCCAAGGCUCCAGUAGCCCGGGAAAAGCGCGUUACAAAGAAGGCUUCAUAAAUUGUCUACUGUAAUUACGUUUAUAGGUAUUUAACAUUCUUUUAGUUUGAUUCACAAAUUUCACAACUUUACUUUAUUUUUUUUUUAAAUUAUCUUUCUGUCACAGAGUAGUCAAUUGUCAAUGUCAAAUUAUGCUAGUGUCCGCGGUCCCUAAAUGUUAUGUUCGUUCAGAACACAGUAUAGCGUAACUAUUUAAUUCUCAGAAUAUUCAUAAUUACAUUUUUGACUGCAUUCAAAAUUAAUAUUAU